AGUCCACCAAGACUCCCAAGUUGGUCAACAUGGGUUGGUGGACGCUUCAUAACAUUUUAUUUUUUGUGCUUUUCUGUAACUCCAAUGGACAGUUUGACUCUAUACGAAGAACCCACUGGCGUGACAGAUUUACUGGAAUAGACACAUACUUUGCCCGCCAUAACCUCGAAAAUCUGAAGGUCCCAAUUAGGACUACGCCGAGGUUCACCCUGCUGGCUCCAGACCUGCUGAGGGCAGGCAGUCAGGAGAAUAUCUACCUGCAGGCUGAUGGUAUGUCCAAGCCUGUCACCGUCUCCAUCUCCAUCCAGGACUUUACAAAAACCACCACACUCCUCCAGGAUUCUGUGACACUCAACCAGGACAAUGGAUUCUAUGCUCUCAAGACUAUACAGCUUCCUUUGGAUAAUUUGAACCGGGAAGAGAAGAAGCACAAUUAUGUGUAUCUGAAGGUGAACUUUCAUGACAUACACUCUGAGGAGAGGAUCCUGAUGGUGUCCUUUCACUCCGGAUACAUCUUCAUCCAGACAGACAAACCCAUCUAUAACCCCGGAGACACUGUUCGGUUCAGAGCCUAUGUGUCCUCUCCAUCCUUUAAGGCCUUUGACAGCCCUAUCACAAUAGACAUCCAGAAUCCAGACGGUGUGGUGGUUAACCACUUCUACAGGACCAGAGCCGUUGAUGGCGUCUUUGGAGAAACUUUUCCUCUCUCUGAAUUUGUCAAUGAAGGAACAUGGACGAUUACUGCAAAGUUUGACCACUGGCAGCAGAACACAUUCACCUCCCAGUUUGAGGUGAAGAAAUAUGUGCUUCCUGCCUUCAAUGUUACCUUGACACCCAGCAAGUCCUUCCUCAACCUGGAUGACAGUGAACUGACAGUAGAGAUCUCUGCCAGGUAUCUGUAUGGGGAGCCUGUCCAAGGGACGGCCUAUGUGGUGUUUGGGGUGAAGAUCAACCAAGAGAAGAUACGGUUGCCUUCAGUGAAGCAGGUGUCAGAUCUGGAAAGAGGAGUUGUCAGCCUGAGCAUGGAGGAGCUCAAGAUGGCUUACCCCAACAUCAGAUCUUUGGUGGGCAGCUCUGUGUAUGUCAAGGCCUCUGUGCUCACCAAGUCAGGAAGUGAUUUGGUUGAGAAAGAGAAAACUGGCAUUCAGAUUGUGGAGUCUCCCUAUGUUGUAUCCUUCAAAGAUACACCAAAGUACUUCAAGCCUGGCCUGCCCUUUGACUUUACAAUCCAGGUGAGCCACCAUGAUGGUUCCCCAGCCCGUAAUGUCUUGGUCAAGGUGAACCUGCUGGACACGCCCUUGACUGUCUCUUCUGGCACCACCAGAGCCACCAUCAACAUGCCCACCAAUCAAAGCCCUCAAACCAUCACUGUUGAAACCACACAGGCUGAUCUGAGACCAGAGCAGCAGGCCAAACAACAGGUCACUGUUCAGCCAUUUGUCACCUUUAACCAGCGCAAUAAGAACUACCUGUACAUCUCUACAGGAACCAACAGGGUGUCUGUAGGAGACAAUCUGUCCCUGAAGCUGAGUAUCACUGUUGCAGACCAGGCCGACAAAGAACACAUUAAACAAAUCACUUACCUGGUGCUGAAUAAAGGAAAAAUCAUUGUUGCUAAGCGCCUGGAUGUACAGAAUCACCAGUUCACCCACGUUGGACUGUUGGUUACUCCGGAGAUGAUGCCGUCAUUUCGUUUUGUGGCCUUCUACAGUAUUCCCUGGCAGGGGCGUGAGGAGGUGGUGCCGGACUCUAUCUGGGUGGAUGUGGCAGAUUCCUGUGCUGGAGGGCUGACAGUUGGACCGGUGGGUGAAGUACGUAGAGACUACGUGCCUGGGAAGAGCUUUAGUUUUCAGGUCAGAGGUGAUCCGGGUGCAAAGGUCAGCCUGGUGGCUGUGGACAAUGCUGUGUAUCUGCUUAGCAAGGAAAGACUUACCCAGAGUAAGAUUUGGAAUGUGGUGGAACAUGGAGACAUUGGCUGCACUCGAGGGGGAGGCAGAGAUGCCACAGCCGUGUUCUCAGGUGCAGGAUUGCUCUAUGCCUCCAAUGCUGGGUUCAAAACCGGAACCAGACAAGCCCUGCAGUGUCCAGGCAGUGCUAGAAGGAGGCGCUCUGCUGAACUGUUGCAGCGUAAAGCUCAGCUGGAGAGUCAAUACAAGGAGAAGUUGCAGCGUCGCUGUUGUAAUGACGGCCUGAGGGCAAUCCCCAUGCCAUACUCCUGUACGAGACGUUCCCUCUAUAUCACAGAGGGCUGGGAGUGCAUGCGGGCCUUCCGCUAUUGCUGCGCCACUUACAGGAAUGAAAUGUUUGACACCGAAAUUCCCACCACGCCACCACCCAUGACCACACCACUUCCCACUACCUCACAACCCCCCAGGCCCACUUUUCCAUAUUUUGGACGUGUGGCAUUAUCUGAGCCACUAAUGCCUUACAACCGGCGGAACAUUGGUGUUCAUAGAGGUUGGGGAAAUGAAAGGAUGGGACUACGUGGAGUACCUGGACCACCUGGACCACCUGAACCUGAAGUGCAUAGAGAGUAUACACAUUCAGUUGUAAACGCAGCAGCAUCAGCAGAAUAUCGGCCGGUCAUCCAUUCAGUGGAGGAGGAAGGGGCAGAGGAGGACGAGGAGGAGGAAGAGUGGGAGUAUCUGGAUAAGAGUGAUGUGUAUCUGCGAUAUAAGUUCUUCGAGUCUUGGCUGUGGCAGGACAUUAAUCUGCCAAGCCAGGCAGACAGAGAUGGGUUUGCGUCUAUGAAUGUGAACAAUGCCUUACCUGACAGUAUCACAGAGUGGGGACUUCUAGCCAUCAGUGCAUCCCCUCAUACAGGUUUCUGUGUUGCUGAGCCUUACAACUUCAGAGCAUGGAAGCGAUUCUUUGUGGACCUGAAACUGCCGUAUUCUGUAGCAAGGAACGAACAAAUUGAGAUUAAAGCUGUGGUCCACAACUAUGGCUAUGAAGACCUGCAUGUGAGGGUGGUGCUGAUGAAGACAAAAGACAUAUGCAGCAUUGCCUUCAAAGACAGACACACACAGGAAGUGAAACUGGCGGCUGGCUCGUCUGUUGUGGUGCCUUACACCAUCAUACCCCUGGUGGUGGGGAAACUUCCUCUGGAGGUGAUGGUGGUUGGCAGAGACAUGAUGGGAGGAGACCGCAUCCAGAAAUUUCUACGGGUGGUGCUGGAUGGAGUGCAAAAAACUGAAGUUUGGACAACAGUGUUGAACCCAGCUGCUGAGGGAGGAACACAGACAGUUCGUAUGGGAAAGAUUGAACUGAACUCAGUUGUGCCGAACUCUCAGCCAGAGACAUUCAUCAAUAUCAGAGGCAAUGUGCUUGCAGACAGCAUUGAUAACUCCAUCAGUGAAGACUCGCUGGCUUCUUUAAUCCGGAUGCCCGGCGGCUGUGUGGAGCAGAACCUGGCCACCAUCACCCUGCCACUCAUUGCCACCCUGUACCUGGAACGAACCAGCAACUGGGAGAGUGUAGGAGUGGAGCGGAAGGCUGAGGCUCUCCGAUACAUCAGGAGAGGCUAUGAGAAACAGCUGGCGUACAGAAAAAGCGAUGGCUCUUAUCCCCCCUACAGGAGUGAGGGUGCAAGUACAUGGAUCACAGCGUACGUGGUGAAAGUUUUCUCCAUGGCUCACUCCAUCACUGGCAUCAACGAGCAGCAAGUGUGUGACCCUCUUCUCUACCUGGUGAAGAACAAACACCGGUCAUAUGGAGUUUUUGUAGAGGACAACCCCGUUUACAGCACAACCAUGACUGGUGGUCUCCGUGGUGAUGACCCCAUGAUAACCCUGACAGCUUUCGUCCUCAUAGCGCUCACAGAGGCCAAGCAGGCCGGGAUCCGCUGCAAUGAUCCAAGUGCAAACAUAGAGAGCGUUACCCAUAACACAGCUGAAUACUUAAAGAGAGCUUUGAUGAAAUUGGGAAGGAGACCGUACACUGUGGCCAUCGUCUCAUAUGCGCUGGCUCUGCAGGAGAAGGGUCGCUACAACCCAACAGAAUCUUUACUCAGAGCUGCAGCACGAGGUGGCGGACACUGGCCUGACAGUAAGAACACCUUGUUCACGCUGGAGGCAACUGGCUACGCAUUGCUGGCUCUGGUCAAGAUGGGACGCAUGGAGGAAGCUGCUGUGCCAUUUAAAUGGCUGAACAGCCAGCGGAGGAGAGGAGGAGGCUUCGGCUCGACUCAGUCCACCAUGGUGGUGCUCCAAGCACUGUCAGAGUACCUGAUUAACAAACCUCCUCCUGAAGACCUCAGUCUGGAUGUGGACGUCAGGAUAACAGGACGCAAGGAAAUCCCCUACAAUUUCAACCCCAAGACUGCCUAUGUUGCUCGUUCCUCCAGGUUGCCUGCUAAUCUUGAUUUGGAAGUGCAGGCUCGAGGGAAUGGACAAGGAAUACUGGAGGUUGUGACGUAUUACAACCAGCUGCCUGAGUUUGAUGAGAAAAUGCCCUGCAAAGACUUUGAGCUUAACGUCACCAUUGAAGAAUCCAGCAUGAAGCCUCCAGCAGAUGUAGAAAAAUCCUACCAGAUCACCAUCAAAGUGAGGGCUUUAGGACCCCAAGAUGUCAGAAUGGUGGUUCUGGAUAUAAGUCUGCCAACUGGCUUCACCCCAGAAAACUCUGACCUGGAGAUGCUGUCCAACUCAGUGGACCGUUACAUCAAUAAUUUCCAGAUUGUUGAUAACCUGAGCGACAGAGGCUCUCUGAUCAUCCACCUGUUCAAGGUGUCUCACAAAGAGCCAGAGAUCCUGAUCUUCAGGCUUCAGCAGAACUUCAAAGUCGGCCUCCUCCAGCCAUCCUCAGUGACAGUCUAUGAAUAUUACAACCCAGAUCACCGUUGCAGUCAAGCCUACACUCCCAGUGAGGACAAAGAGCAGCUCAGUCAGGUCUGCAGGGACAACGUCUGCCGCUGCACACAGGGCGACUGCUGUGUCACCAAAACUGACAGUCAAAAUUUCCCCCACGAAGAAAGGGAGACAUUUGCCUGCAAGAGUUUACACCACGUUUUCCAGGUGAAGGUGCUGAGUGUCAGCCAGAGUUACUACGACAAAUACGAGAUGGAGAUCACACGAGUUAUCAAGCUGGGUGUGGAGGCUGGAGUUGAAUUUGGUCAGAAGAGAUUUUUCCUGUCUCAUGGAGGCUGCAGAGAUGGACUCAACCUGAAGCAGGGCUCUCAGUAUCUCAUCAUGGGCCCUAAAGAGGACCAUUGGAACACUGACAGUGAGAACGGAUUCAUCUACAUGUUAGGAAAGAACACCUGGGUGGAGCGCUGGCCUUCAUCUGCAGAGUGCCUCAGCGAUCCUAGUCUGCAAGCUAAAUGCAAGAACCUCGAUGAUACUGCACAUGAACUGUCUGUCAAUGCUUGCAGGCUGUAGAAGUGUCGGAGCAGCAGCUGCACACUGCAUACCAUAACUGUGAAGAUUCAUUGAUCAUUUUAACACAGCCUGUGGAUAAAUGUUAGAAACUCAGUUGUGUUUUUACUGUGGAAAAAAGUAGAGCUAGAUAUAGCAACAUACCCAUGA